UACGAUCUCACUCCCAUCAAUGGCUACGCUUACUGGGUCGGCCUCGGAGUCUACCAUUCUGGCGUACAAGUUCAUGGGGUUGAAUAUGCAUUUGGAGCACAUGAUCAUUCAACCACCGGAAUAUUUGAAGUGGAACCAAUGCUGUGCCCUGGUUUCACAUUCAGAAAAUCAAUCUUGAUCGGAAAAACAGAUUUGGGUCCCAAAGAGGUCCUUGCAUUCAUGGAGAAACUUGCAGAGGAGUACUCGGGAGACUCCUACAACCUCAUCACCAAAAAUUGCAACCAUUUCUGCAACGAUGCUUGUAUCCGGUUGACCGGGAAGCAUAUACCCAGCUGGGUUAAUCGACUUGCUCGACUUGGUUUGCUCUGCAACUGCGUUCUCCCGGCAGGUUUGAAUGAGACCAAGGUGCGACAAGUUAGAACAGAAGAUCGGGGUUAUGAGAAGAAGAGGCUAAGAAGCCAUUCAAGUAGGUUUACAUCUUCUAACCUAAAUCCUUCUUUGCCAUCUCGUCCUUCAGGUUCUGCAUGCAAAAUUAUUAGACAAAAGUCGGUAGACAAAGAUUUCAUCCUCGAUCUUCAUCUUUGAUUCAUUCUUCUUAGCCCUCGACUCUCAAGCUUUAUCAGCAGUUUGGUUUCAAUUCUUCAUAGGAUUAUAGUUCUUCGUUUUUCCCCCUUGUGAAAAUAACAACAAAAAGAUGGGGCAAAUUUGCAAAUGUUACUCGUUGUCUGAUUUUUAUUUUUUCUUUAAUGAAAGCAUAAACAGCUGCUUGAAAAUGUUGCAGUGUGUUCUGUUUUUGUAAAGUGUUUUUAUUUUCUGUUGAACUAACAGUCCAGCCUGUUGCCCCCUAACAUUGGCCAAAACUAAAAGCUUAUGAGCAGAGCUAGGGUUUAGAUCAUAAAGAUGUAUAUGUAUGCAUAGAUACAAACUUCAAGAUGGGGAUAUUCAUUAGAGA